AUGAAAACUUAUUCCAUCACUGAAAGCAGACGAUUGGAAGCGAAGAUAUUAAGGGAUCAGUCCGAAAGUCCCAAAAGCCCUCAAAGCAUCGUGAAUUACAAUAUCGGAAAAUUCAUUCGCAUUAAUCGCCCUGAGUUUAAAAAUCCUACUAAAGCGUUGAAAAACAACAGCAAAAGCGUUAGAAUUUGGUGUUUAAAUAACAUAAAUGAUAGUUUCAGCAUUUUUAGUUUAUUCGUUUUCAUUCGUCCGAGUGUAGAACAACUGAGAAUCAGUGUCCCGAAUCGAAUGGAAAAUUCCUUCUCACAAAAGAGUAUAAAAGCUGAUGGUGCAACAUGA